AUGACGAAGCGUCAUGCAGACACAGACCAAGAUCAAGAUCAGCCUCCUCUUCACCGACCUCUCCCAAUGCCAUCCGCAUCUUACGCUCAGCCAAUCACAGCGCACGGGGAACAGCCCUGUUCCAGCGCCGGCAUCAUCUACCCCGGUCAAGUGAGAGUGGCGACAGCGAGCAGCCAGCUCCAUCAUCCGCAACCUGUCCGGCCGCAGGUUCAAACUUCUCAAAGCAAUCAAACUCAAGGCCAGAAUAUUCAAAACCAACCGCCCACUUCGUUGAAUAUCCAAAUCUCUCAAAGCCAGGGAAAUUCGGCGUUAGCGGCCUUCCUUCAGACCAGCCAAAGUCAAGUGGGGCAACAAAAUUUGUUGACGGUGGCGUCGCAAGCCAACUCACUGGCCAACUUCAACCCGCCAAGGCCAAAUUUGUUGCUUUCGGGCCAAAAUCUCACCAGCCAGAUGCAAAGCCAGCAAAACCAAGUGAAUUUAAUGACGAACCAGACAAGUCAAGGUCAAACAAACUUUGAGAAUGCCGCUUCAACGCAGUCACAAGGCCAGAAUGUCUUCGGCAACGGUUCGGCGCAGCCUCAAGUCCAAUCCAGUCUUGCGAAUCGAGUUAACACCCAAGCGACACAAAAUCUCCUGCAGUCCAGCCAACCGCUCCAAUUCACUCCCUCCCACGGGCUCACCAAUCCCGUCCAAACGCAUCCAACGCUCGCCGCAACGCUGAAUCAGCCCAUUCAGGGGAAUAACCUCAACUGUGGAAUGGGAAAUUCGACGAUUUCGCAGAUCUUGUUGACCGGUCAGCCAUUGCCAAGCAACCAAGUCAAGCCCAAUAACGGGCACAACAAUGGGCUGUUGCUGAAUAUGGCCAAAGUCCCGGCAAAUUUGGCCAAUUUACCGAACAGCACCUUAGGCGUUCAAUUGGUUGGCAAUGGAAAUCUAGUUGGAAUUUCGACCGCAAACUCUAUGCUUGAUGGAAAAAUGAGCAACAAUUUGAAUGUUAAUGGCAAUGGACUGUCGGUUUCAACCUCCACUACUCCGAAUAUGAUGACCAACAACGCCAGCAACCUCCUGGCCAACAAUGGAAAUGGAAUCGCCGUGAUGCAAAGCAAUGGCAAUAUAACGAUGAUUCCGGCCGGGAAUUUGGUGCAGAAUGGGCAGCAAAUCGGCGGUGCUAUGCAAAUUAAUAGCGGAAUAAACUUGAGCAACGGCCAAAUUAUGCAGAAUAAUGGAGUUAGCACUCUGAACAAUGGUCAAGCAUUGUGCAUGCAACAGAAUGGCCAAGCGAUGCAGCAGAACGGUCAACCUAUGACCAUGCAAAACAACGGCCAAAUGAACCCGUCCGCGAUGGUGGUGCUGAAGAACGGGCAAGUCGCGUCCAACGUUGGCGUCCCGAUUAUCCACAACGGGAAUGUGGUUGGGUUUGCGCUGGAUCCGGCGGUCCGCGGGCGCCCGCAACGCCCGACAAUGAUUCAGGGCGUUCGAGUCAACGGCCAACCCUAUAUGAUUGCGGCGAAUGGGAUGGUUGUUCCUGUGUUGGGCGCUAAUCAAAUUGUGGGCCAAGGGAUGGCAUUGCCGCAGGGCUACGUGCAGCUGGGAGCGAAUGGAACUGCAGCUAAUGGAUUUAUGAUGAACGGAAUGAGCGAGAGUUGCAACGAUAAGGGUAGGUAUAAUAAUUUUGGCUUUGACAUUUUGUCGAGAGGCCUGGGGAGGCAACCAUACGAUAAGACAAGAAGCUCGAGUUGAAGUCAUUUAUUGAGUGAAAAGCGGCCCAUGUCAAACUGAGAUAACCUAAAACAGUCCGUUGAAUAUAUUGGCAACUUUCCAAAAAAAGACGCGAAAAAACGUUUUGUCGAGGAAGAAAUGGGGAACUUUUGGGGCGAGAGAGUACGCUUUUGCGUGUCUUUUUUCUCUCUUUCUCUGUGAAAUCAAGACGACGUGUAAAAAACCGGUAGCGAAGAAUCUAUUCCAGUCACCGGACUCCUCAGUUUGACGUGCGGCCCUUAUAUAGGGAAAUCCCACGUAGGAAAGUACAAUCAAAUUUGAAUACUAAAUGAUGAUUUCCGGGGAAUUCGGGCUCGAAGUUCGGUCGUUCCGCCUCACACAUCUGACAUUAAGAAAUGUCGGAGAAGUGAAAAUUACUUUUUUUCGAAGAAACAGGGGAGCUUUAAUAUUUUUGAUGACAUUUCCGACACUUUCAAACCGCUGAAGACCGUUUGAAAAAUGCUGUUUCAGUCUGUCGGGAAAAUAAUGUGGAUUUGUCGCGCCAUGUAAUUGCCCAUCAUAGCUUGCGACGGCUAACUGCGGCUGGAGAUUUGGUUCGCUAAUGCGACGAGACAAAAAUUUUUUCGAUAUCUCCACAUUAUUUCCCCGACAGGCUGAGAUAGAAGCCAUGUUGGGAUGACCUUUACUACCGUUUUAGUUUCUGUACGUGAUCUUUGUUUACGAGGAGAAUGAACCGACAUUAAACUGUUCAGAAACGUUCCUUUUCGUGGGAAAACUGUUUUCUCAUUUCUCUUCUAUAAUUUAUUGGGGCUUUUGAGAACCGAAUCACAUGAUCAAUACAAGACAACUUUACCAGCAAGGAAAGAACCCCAAGUGCGACGCUGAGAUUUUGAUGAAACAUACAUAGUGCAAAAAUUUAGGAUAAUUUUUUCUAAGGCAUAUGCGAGCCUCGUAGCUCGCGCUUUGCAGAAACGAUCGAGAUUUUUUAGUCGAAAGUUACAAAAAGCCAUAAUCUUCCCUAGAAAAAGCAAUUUUUUCAUAUGAAACUGGCAAAGGAAUGGCAAAAAAGCGUUUUUCUGCAUGAUCUCUCUCCCCCUGUUUUACGUACACUCUCGGCCGGAAAGAUCGUUUGAAAUCUUAGUUGCCCCUGUAAAGCGCAAGCUGAACCCUUCUGAAAUUUAUAUGUGGGCAAUGCCAGAAAUGUGUGCAAGAUUUCAAGAAAAUCGGGGCAUCGCACUUGCAGUACUUCCCUAGUAAAAAGUAACACCUUCAAUUUUUAAAUUUUUGAAAAAAUAUGCAAUUUUAGACCGGUCUUUCUUUUCGUAUUUUAAAAAUAUGACAGGCUUCUCUUUUUUCGUACUUUACCUUAAAAUAUCUCCUCCUCAUUUUCAGAUCAAUACUCGCAAAAUCCUCUCUCCGUUCUGUCCAAUCAAAUGGGCUUCAGCCCCAACACAAACCAAAGUUCAACGGACUCGCUAGCCAAUCCCACCGCAACGGAAUGCGCAAUCAAGACCGAGCCCAACCUUUCCAACUCCACCACCGACCUAAACCUGGACGCCACGAAUGCGGACGGCGUUGAGCCGUGCACAUCGGCGUCCCUGGAUGUCGCCAACAACAAUGCGUUGGCAAUUCUGCCGAUGAUUUUGUUCCAACAAAGCCAAGCCGAUGGGCAGCCGCUGCCAACGAAUAUUAAUUGGAAUGAGCCCAAAGAGCUGAUGGAUGUGAUUUGCACGUUGUGCAGGUACAUCUACAGUCAAGCGAGCUUGAAUGAGACCGACGGGGAUGAGGAUAAUCCGCCGGCUUGA